CCGUAUUUGUUUGAAAUAAUCGCGGACACCCGCUCUUUGCGGAACUCGGACAUCUUUGUGAAAAUGCAGUCUAUUUUGCGCUAUGGAGAAAAACCUAUUGAGUUUCAACUAGAAACUGAUGGAGAGUUCUAUUAUUUGGCGUCUGAUGUUGGCCGAUAUCUUCGUUUGUUCCGUGGCGAAUUACAUAAGCGAUAUCCGAACUUAUGGAAACGUCUAACGACACAAGAAGAACGUGAGAAGCUUAUCGACAUGGGACUUGCAACACACGUUACUGCACAGAAUGCAACAAUACUUCGAGCAAUUGAAGUUGAUGAGCUCAUUGGUGGAGGGGAGGAUCGUUUCAAGUCUUUUGAGGUUCGCAACUUUAUGUUAAAUUCUCGUUUUUUUAUUGUUUUUUAUCACUCCCAGAGCACUCUGAAUGGUUCAGCGGCUCCCAGUGCUGUCCGCCCCGGUUUAACAGCAAAUGCAUCGUCCGGUUCCCUUACCAGUGGUGCUUUCGGCCAAUCCGCUCCAGCUGCUUUAGGCUCAACAGGCACAGCCGCCGGAGGUAUAAUUGAAACGGCUGGCCAAUCAGCAAGUGGUGCGAUUAUCAAACCUACCACUGGUAGUGCCGGCGGGGGUGGAAGUGGGAGCAGUUCUCGUGGUUCGACCUCGGCAGCCACGGUUGCUGGUCGAUGGGUGAGCUCUGUGCCUAAUACUUCUUUCCAUUUGGAUUCUGUUCCCUGUCCGACCCCGAUUGGUGCUGGAGCUAGCGCGACUCGAUCAAGACCAAACAGGGUUAGUAGCAAAGUCUCCAACUUCCCCAUAUGUUUGGAUGACUCCGAUCCAGUGGCCUAUCACGAGAAUGCGCAACAGCCAGAACACCUGGUUCCCAUCCGGUUAGAUAUUGAAUUUGAUGGUGUGAAACUACGUGACUGUUUCACUUGGAACCGGACUGAGCAACUCAUUACUCCUGAACAGUUUGCCGAAAUCCUCUGUGAUGAUCUAGAUUUGAAUCCAAUCUCGUUUGUCCCAGCUAUUGCACAGGCUAUUCGUCAGCAGGUGGCGGGUCACCCUGUGGAAAACAUCCUCUCUAAUCAAACAGAUACUCGGGUUAUUGUCCGUCUCAAUAUUCACGUGGGCAACAUGUCGCUUGUAGACCAAUUUGAAUGGGACCUCUCUGAGCCUGCAAAUUCACCUGAACAAUUCGCUGGACGCCUGUGUGCUGAACUCGGUCUGGGCGGUGAAUUCGUUACUGCUGUUGCUUAUUCCAUUCGUGGCCAACUCGCAUGGCAUCAACGACUGUACGCAUUUACAGAGUCACCCUUGCCAACCAUUGACGUCGUAUUUCGCAGUCCAAAUGAAGCUGAUCAAUGGAGUCCUGUAGUUGAAGUGCUUACCGAUGCUGAAAUGGAAAAGAAGAUCCGUGAUCAGGAUCGUAACACACGACGUAUGCGUCGAUUGGCCAAUACCCAACCUGGUUGGUAA